UUUUGUGUUUGUUUUGCAGAUAGACGCUGGAGGCUUCUUCUUCCACUGGUGCCGUGUAAGACCUCCACUAUCGCAAUACAACCUCUCGCUUACUCACACGUCCGAGAGCAGCCCUGGAUACAGAUGGACCAGCAGGCCCAGUCCUAUAUGCUUGCCAGUCUGACACGGCCUCACUCGGAGCAGCUGCUGCAAGGCCUACAGCUGUUACGGCAAGAUCACGAACUGUGUGACAUUGUGCUACGUGUGGGCGAUGCCAAGAUCCACGCACACAAAGUGGUCCUGGCCAGCAUCAGCCCAUACUUCAAGGCCAUGUUUACAGGCAAUCUGUCUGAGAAGGAGACUUCAGAGGUUGAGUUUCAGUGCAUUGAUGAAGCUGCACUACAGGCCAUCGUGGAAUACGCAUACACGGGGACAGUUUUCAUCUCGCAGGAAACAGUGGAGUCACUCCUCCCAGCUGCCAAUCUCCUCCAGGUGAAACUCGUGCUAAACGAGUGCUGCAGCUUCCUGGAGAGCCAGCUGGAUGCUGCAAACUGCAUUGGCAUCUCGCGCUUUGCUGAGACAUACGGCUGCCAUGACCUCUGUCUGGCAGCCACCAAGUUUAUCUGCGAGAACUUUGAGGAGGUCUGCCGGACAGAGGAGUUCUUCGAGCUGACCAGGGAGGAGCUGGAGGAGAUUGUGUCCAGCGAUUGCCUCAAAGUGCUCACUGAGGAGACGGUCUUUUAUGCGCUUGAGUCUUGGAUCAAGUAUGAUCUGAGUGAGAGGCAGCAAUACCUGGCCCAGUUACUGCACAGCGUGCGGCUGCCUUUGCUCAGUGUCAAGUUUCUGACGCGCCUCUACGAAGCCAAUCACCUCGUCCGGGACGACCACGCGUGCAAACAUCUUCUCAACGAGGCUCUUAAGUAUCAUUUCAUGCCAGAGCACAGGCUUUCCUACCAGACGGUGCUGUCCACCAGACCACGCUGUGCACCAAAGGUUCUUGUUGCAGUAGGAGGCAAAGCAGGACUUUUUGCCACUUUGGAAAGUAUGGAGAUGUACUUCCCUCAGACAGACUCGUGGAUUGGCCUGGCCCCACUCAGCAUGCCCCGCUGUGAGUUCGGCGUCGCUGUUCUGGACCAGAAGGUGUACGUGGUGGGUGGUAUUGCCACACACAUGCGCCAGGGCAUCAGCUACAGGCGGCAUGAGAGCACUGUGGAGAGAUGGGAUCCGGACAGCAACACCUGGUCCUCGGUGGAGCACAUGGCCGAGUGCAGGAGCACUCUAGGGGUUGUGGUGUUAGCAGGGGAGCUUUAUGCACUUGGAGGCUAUGAUGGUCAGUACUACCUCCAGUCAGUGGAGAAAUAUGUACCCAAAGUGAAAGAGUGGCAGCCUGUGGCACCCAUGACCAAAUCACGCAGUUGCUUUGCCACCGCAGUGCUGAACGGUAUGAUUUAUGCUAUCGGAGGAUACGGUCCUGCUCAUAUGAACAGUGUGGAACGCUACGACCCCAGCAAGGAUUCCUGGGAAAUGGUAGCAUCCAUGGCUAACAAGAGAAUAAACUUUGGAGUGGGCGUCAUGUUAGGGUUUAUAUUUGUCGUCGGUGGACAUAAUGGCGUGUCACAUUUGUCCAGCAUUGAAAGAUACGACCCUCACCAGAACCAGUGGACAGCGUGUCGACCCAUGAACGAACCGCGAACAGGAGUCGGCUCAGCCAUCGUAGACAACUGCCUCUAUGUGGUGGGGGGUCAUUCAGGGUCAUCUUACCUGAACACAGUGCAGCGCUAUGACCCCAUCUCGGACAGCUGGCUGGACUCCAGCGGCAUGAUGUACUGUCGCUGUAACUUUGGCCUUACUGCCCUUUGACCCCUGGGGCAGUCAUAGGGUACUUAUUUUGCAAGAAAGACAAAAAUUUGUUUGCAUUUCUUUUAUCUACUCCCCAUUCAUCUUUGGAACCGUGUUCCUCAGAAGGUCGCUGCAGCUGUGUGGAUACUGGUCCAGGGGGGAAAAAAAAGAGAGCACCGUUCUUUGCUGGGUUCUGGGGUUUAAAGAAGCAGAGGCAGUGGAUCCGGACGACGUCUGAGCAAAGAAACUAAUCCAAAGCUGUACGGGCUCUGCGAGGGACUGGACAGCGCUGAAUGGCAGGAGACGUCAGUCACUUUGGGGGUUCUUGGGUGGCAUUUGUCUGUGGUAAUGCCAUUUAUUCUCUGAGCACUCUUUUCAACUUAGCUACUGGUGCAGCUAGCACCUUUAAUUUCUGUUUGUCUGCAGGUCUGUGCCUGUAGAUGAUGUGUAUGCAUGUCACGGAAGGGAUGAAUUAUUUGUGUGUGUGUGUGUGAGUGUGUGUGUGUAUGCGCAGGACAAGCGCUCAGGCUCGGGGUUAAAUCACCGGCUGAGCUCAUAACGUCUGCAUCUAAAGUAGUGCUUCACAAAAAAGUGGAAAAAACUUUAUUCACACUUAAAAAGGGCUGCCUUUCUUUCAACGUGUAUAUAGUUUGACUAAAGAAUAUAUGUUAUAUCCUCCAGUGCAUUGCCUGUAAAUGUUAUCUGCACUGGUGUGUGUGUGUGUGUGUGUGUGAGAGAGAGUAUGAGUGUGGACUGAAUAUAUUCAUGUUUCACUGCAGUCUCUUAAGAAUUCUUCCAAGUUCUACACAUCUCUUCCUUGGUAGCUGUAGAACAUUUGUUUGUUUUGUUGGAAACAUAUUAUUUUGCCAUGCCAUGUCUUUUAUUUCACACCUUUUCUCUUUCAAGUGUUGAAUGUGAUUUUAUUAUUAUUAUUUUUUUUAACCAUUGCAGAGGUGUUGGAGUUAAAAGUAAAAUUCUACUGGUGCUAGUUAAUAAUUCAGGAUUUAUUUCUUUUGUCUGUCUUUUCACAAAAGUGUAUUUGAUAUUAUUAUUAUUAUUAUUAUUAUUUUCUUUUUAUUUGCGCGUAUUCUGUUAUUGUUACAUUUACAAAUGCUCCAUCAAGCCCUGUGCAAUAACAUCACUCUGAUUAAUUAUCCCCCAGCACCUGGAACGUAUUGGUCCCCCCCCCUCACAGGAUUGCGUCUGCGCAUGCGUAUCUACAACGACCUCAUUCACUAACAGUUCUACCAUUUCAUAUCGCGAACACGCAGACUGAAACUAGUGCAACUUUCGGAUCCAAAUCCUGACUUCUUUUAUGUCCUGUACGUUCAACAGAGUUCAAUUCAAUACAACAAAUCUGACCGAAAACCGUUUACGUAAAUGAACAACUCCUCAUUAAUCAUAACGCGUUUCAUCCAUUACAUUUCAAAGCCUUCAGCAACUAAUCUACACCAGUGUCGACCUUUCUGACCCGUAUCCCAUAUCUGUGUCUUCAUGUGAAGCGACGUGACUGAAGUCUUAAUUUCCCACAUGGAUGUCGCCGUGAUCAUCCAUAAAACAUUUUAAAGAUCAACAUUUUUCCUAUAACGAUUCUAGUAUUGUCUCUAGCUAAAGAAUGCUAGAGAUCCGCCCACUAGCGGAGAGAUUUAGAUUUAGCUUGUUCUCCUGUCAAUCAUUUAAUAGACACGCCCCUAACACUGCUUCACAUCCUUAAAUCAUGGAGAGUGGAGAAGUCGAAUGUUUUAUAGAGUUGUUAGCUGAAUGUCCAAGCCCGCGUUUUGUGGGCGGAGCUUUGAGGAUCCAUCCAUUUAACCGUAAUACCUUAUGCACCUUUAAGACUAAAUGUAAUAGAAGCGCUUGCGUAGUCCCGAAAUUUUGCUACAAAUCAUCCGAAAGCCUAUAACAUAUAUUCAGAGCUAUAUAAACCUGAUAAGAUCAAUUUGUAUAAAUUGUAAAAAAAAACCCCCAAAAAAAACAUAUUUCCCCCGGAGCAACCUUUGCACACGGGUUUGCUUACAAAUGGAGCUCUGCAUUGCACUUAUCAAACACUUUAAUACUUUGUGUGAUACCUAUGUAAUACUUUUAAGUUGAAGGCAUUUAAAUGAUGCAAUAAGACCAUUUCAUAUAUAUUUUUGUUGUUGUUGAAAAACAAAAUGCUGUGACUGAACUUCUUUCUUUUCUUUUGAUUUUUGGUGUGUGUUUUUUUUUUUUUGCUGGAUUUUUUUCUUCACCACAUUUCAUUCACUGAGAAUUUUGCCUUUAUUCCUGUUGCUGACAUACGGAGUGCUUGAACUUAUUUUUCCAACUCAAAUAUCCUUUUUUUUUUUCUUUUUUUUUUUUUACUGUAAUUAUGACCAGAACAUUUGGGGUUUGGACUACCAAAGCAAAAAGGCGUGAAAUUAAUUUCAAAGUGGUUCGUUUUGUGAGGAAUGAAAAAUAAAAUGCCACCUUAAACACCUUUUCCUCCUGUAACAGAUGCUGCCUGAAGACAGAAUUGAUUUUUAUUUAUUUAUUUUUAUUUUUUAUUUUUUUUAAAUGAGGAAGUCAAUAGAGAAGCAUCGAAAAGAUCAGCACGGUCUUUGCAUCAGCAAUAAUUCUACGGAUCAUUCACGAGUAAUACUGACUUCGGUUCCCUGAAAGAAAUCCAUUCUUGUAUCAUUUGAAGGGAAAUAUUAUUCAGGGCGGAUUGACCAUUCACGAUUAGCUGAUCGAAAAAGGCAUAAGAGAGAGUUCCAGAGAAACCGGUUCUUAUUUAUGGACCUGAAAUGAACCACGUACUAUUUGCUAAUAAUAAAUGUACUAUUGAUGUCAUAAUAACGUCAUCUCAUUAACAUUGUUUGUGCAUUAAAAGCUAGAAAGGGGGGGGGGGAUCAACAAAAAAAAAUAUAUAUCUAUAUCACGCUGGCGUGAUCUUGCAUUUGCCAUGUGUUUAUGAAUCGUCUCGUCUUGUCCGUUGCAUGCAGUAAUGACUCCGAACCUUUCUAACCAUGCUUCUUUCUUUACGGCGGUUUGUCUGGCUUCAGAGAAGGAACGCCGACGGCCAUAUAUGCAUCUCAUGUAAUCUGAACACGUGAAAACUGCAAAAUGAAGGGAUAUUUGUGACGUUUUGUCGUUAGCGUUCUGAACUCCUGUCUUGUCACCACUCUCACCAAAGUGCUUGUUUUAUGAAAAGCUGGACGAAAUCAGAGGGGUGUGUGUGUGUGUGUGAGUUUUGGACUUGAUCCCAAUGUGUAAAGAGCGUUGUGUGAAACUGAUGUCAAUGUUAACCACCCGGUUUGUUUCUUUCAUUUCUUUCUUUUCCCCAUAGGUGUCUGGUUGUUGUCUGAAGUGAGGUGAUUAUCUUGAUUUUUUUUAUUUAUUUUUUUUUUUUUUAUGUACCUGUGGAUUGUUACUGGAAGUAAAAAAAAAGAAAAAAAAGAUAACCCUUAAUCAAUAGAUGCAGUAUUUAUUUUUCAGUUUAGCAAGCAUCAAGGGAGAGAGAGAGAGAGAGAGAGAGAGAGCACACAUUUCUGCCAGUUUCUUUAGCUGUGUGGUGCAGUUGUACCCAGUGGAAAAAUAAACG